AUGUCAGAUGCAAGAUACUUGAAGGCAAACUAUGCCGAUAGUGAGAAGUUUGAUGUCAGCAAUAGAGAUGUGAUUUCUACUCAACUUCUUCGACAACAAAGUUGGAAGGUCUGCCUCUGUUUUCUGCAAUUCCUUGAUUCUGCAGCCAUGGCUCGAAAUGAAGAGAAAGCACAAUCAAUGCUUAACCGUUUUAUUACAAUGAAAGAGGAGGAGAAGAAAAAACCCAAAGAACGCCGUCCAUUCUUAGCCUCGGAGUGCCGGGACUCGGCGGAGGCCGAUAAGUGGCGCCAGCAAAUCAUGCGUGAAAUAGGGCGGAAAGUGGCAGAAAUACAAAACGAAGGACUUGGAGAACACCGGCUCAGGGAUUUGAAUGAUGAGAUCAAUAAAUUGAUCCGGGAGAAGACGCAUUGGGAAAGGCGGAUAGUGGAGCUAGGUGGGCCUAAUUACACGAGGCACUCGGCUAAGAUGACUGAUUUGGAUGGGAACAUUGUUGACGUUCCGAAUCCUGGUGGUCGUGGCCCUGGGUAUAGGUAUUUUGGGGCUGCCAAGAAGUUGCCUGGUGUAAGGGAACUGUUUGAAAAGCCGCCUGAGCUGCGAAAGAGGCGGACAAGGUAUGAUAUCUACAAGAGGAUAGAUGCCAGCUAUUAUGGUUACCGGGAUGACGAGGAUGGGAUAUUAGAGAAAUUGGAAGGGCCAGCAGAGGAGAAGAUGAGGGCUGCUGCUGCCUGGUUUUCCUCCCUCAUUCCCAGUCCCCCGGCUUCAGUGUCGCCAUUGCUAGAUCCCAUUCGGCUUUUCUCCUUAACCCACUUAAUCUUCGACUUCGUGGUGGCUCAAACCCUCUAG